AUGUCACAUUGGGAGAAUACGACGAGGGUUGUGCCACCAAUCUGCGUUCAAAGUAAACCAUCGCUCGUGCACUUCCUGUACAAAUUGGGAAAGAAGAACGAGGAGUUGAAGAAUGGGGAGUCCAUGAUCAUCAUCUACAGCCGGGACAUAAAGCAAAUGGUGAAAUGUCGUUUUUCUGGUGGGCUCUAUGAGAGUUUGGAAAAAAUCCAAGAAGACGAUCAUGACAUAAUUGUGGUGGAUCAGCGCCGGGGCUUGUUACUGGUAAAGGUCUAUUACUCAAAUGAGAAGCAACGGGGAGAAACGGACGAUAGGAGAUUCCUACCCGUGAAGCAAAGAUGUGAGAGUGCGAUGAGGGAUUUGACCAAACUCAAAGGAUUGAUGGGAAUUGCUGGCGCUUUGAAAAAGAAGCAGGUCGAUGAGUGCUUCUCCAUUCAUUUUCCCAUCGUCGCAUUUCCUGGUGUUCACAAGGGAAAGAAGCAGCCCGAAAAAUUCCUUAUUUUAUAUGAAGAGGAGUUAUGCUCCGAAGACAAGUUUCAGAUUUGGUGGAAUGAACGUGUCAGAAAUCUCAAGGUCACCAUGGACUUCACCAUGAAGCCGGAAGUCCACCUCACUCUUUUGGCGAUGUUUGUGGCACCACUGUAUUCAUCUCCAGCCUUGGAGAGCGGGGAGACCCAAUUCCUCGCCGAGAAGGAUUUGGCGUUCCUAGUCAAUAAACCUACCAAAUGCGUGAUUAAUGGAGGUUCAGAAGCGGAGAAUCGGAAUCUGUUACAAGAGAAGACGCGGAACAUCUCAACAAAAUGGUUUUCCAGGAGAAAGGAAAUUCAGCAAGAGCGUAUCCUUGUCAUUGGUCCCAAUGCAAUCUCUUUCGUUGACCGGAAGGCACACAAGUGGGAUAACGAGGCAGGGGGAGACAGUUGGGAAGACAACAAUGCUGAGCAAUAUGUUCCUAAAAUAGAAGUACCGAAAACGAAGGAAUCCACUGACCAAGAGUGCCACAUUGAAAAUAACUUUAGGAAUGGGAUGGAGGACCCCGAAAACCAAUCCGAGGAGUACUCACCAUUAAACCCGUUCUUGAUGAGGCAGAUGAUGAUGAGGAAAUCGCGUGUCUGGCGCCUCGAAUACGACAUCAAGACGAGACUCCGAUCUGGGGGUGAAUUUUUGAACGCUGAAGAGCGCACACAAUUGAAUGAGUUCUUGCGACUAAGUCGAGAUAUGAAACUGCUUCAUUUCUUCAUUGUGGACUUUUUUAAUUCCAAGCAUGUUGACAACCUAAGAGCAGCAGGAAGUCGUAUGAAGACUGAACAGAAUCAAAACGAACGAAAUGAUGAAAAUGAAGGAAAAGAAUUGAAAGAAGAGCUGCUAGGUCUCUCGCUGAUGGAACAGCUGACCACCCUCUUUGAAGAAAUGCAAAUGCGUGCAUCUCUGGGGCUAGCAGUCUCACACUGCGAUGUUGAAAGGAGCAGCGAAGAAAGCAGAGACGCUACUAAAGAAGCUAUGAGUCCCCCCUGUGGUCUGCAAAAAAUACAGAAGGAUGGGAAGAAAUUCGAUUACAUUUUUGUCUUAGGGGUAAAUGAACUCUGCCGGAAUCACAAUGACCAGUGCUUGAAAAACCUUCGUGACCUUCAUCUGAGCCAUGCAGAUGGACACUUUUGGCUCUUUAGCUCCGAAGACAGAAUCGAAGGACACUUGUAUGCACAACUCAGCGCCGAAAAUUCCCGUAAAGUUGGCGGCAAAACCAUUAAAAGUGAACCAGCAAAAGAAUCCACUUGGCUUGAUCAAGCUCAAGAACACAUCAAGAGGUCUUAUUGCCAUUGGGAAACUGAGCAAAUAACCCGCCUAGUUCCUCCCAUUCAACGCAUAGAUGACUGGGUGAAUGAGGCUAAGACAAAAGGAGAAAAGGCAGAGAGAAAGCUCAUUCUUGACUUGUAUCACUUCGGACAAGAAAACAAGAUGGCUAUGUUCAUCACAUAUAAUCGUAAGUUUUUCCAUCUCAUCGAAUCAAGGAACGAGGGUGGUGGCAUUGAGGAUAUAUUAACGGGAAAGCAUGAUAUAAUGCUCAUACAUCGUGACCUGGGAGCGAUCUUCAUUCAAGUUAAGAAUAUAAAUAAAAUGAGGGCACUUCAGGAAGACAUCAACAAAGCCAAAGAGCAGGUCAAGAAUGAUGUUCUCAGCCUGGAAGUAACAAGACAAAACUUGAUGAAAGACAUGAAAGAAAGCAGUUCAGAAGUUAUAAGCGUGUCUCUUUGUGUAAUUGCUCUACCCAAUGUGAAAAAGGCUCAAGUUGAAAGACGACCACUCGAAGACUUGCCUGUACCCACCGUCUUCAUUUGUGAAGAUGAUCUAAUGACAAAUGAGUCCCUCAAGAAAUGGUGGGAGGAGAACAUCCUCCACAAGCUGAGAAACUCUCCCAUCGACUCCAAGACUUAUCUGAAACUUCUGGCGAUAUACAUCGCCCCUGUGUACGUGACUCCGGCCUUCAAAGCCCGAAUGACAACACAGGAGCUCAAUUUCCUCACCGAAGACAAACUAGACCUGUUGGUGAAUGGACCGAAGGACAUGAUCUUGAAAGGAGCGGCGGGGACGGGAAAGACAUGGCUGCUGCAGGAAAAGAUCCGGAACAUCUUCAUGUCCUGGUUUUCCAAUGGACCUAUCCCAGACAGGGAUGAGAAGAUUCUUGUCGUCUGUCAUCAGGAACUCCUGGCUGAGCACUUUUGUGAGACUCUUCCCGAUCUUCUCCUCACGUCCGCCAUGGCUGCGCUUAAGAGAUGGAUCCAGAAAGGACAGGAAGAGACUGAGAAAAAGACGGUGAGGAAUAUAAUACGAGACAAUCUCAUGAUCUGCUGUUUGAGCAAUGGAUCAGAAACGGCGAGGAAGGGGAAUAGUGCAAACGAGAAAGUGGCAACCGGUGAGGACAAGCCAGGAGAAAACGAGGAAUUACGGUUUGAGAAGCUCACAAAGAGGAUGAGGUGUGCAAGUUGGGAAACGUUCAUUUUUUACAAUAUUCUGAAGAGCUCCGUGGCUUCUCUCUGGCCUGAUUAUAAGGUGGGAAGAUGGCCACUUAAAGCCGUGAUUAUCCGCCGUCUCUUUCAGUCCUUCACUCCUUCGAUGGGAGCUUUUAGGUUCUUGGAGGCAAGCAUCAAAGAAAUGACAUUUAAGGCAGGAAACAUAUACCAGCUGUUGCAUGAAGGAUGCACGACUAGGUCGAUUGCGGGAAUAUUUCUUCGGCUCUCCGAAUGCUGGCUCCUUUUCCCAGAACUGCCUGAAACCGUUAAAAAUGUCGCACUGAAAGACAUGGACAAGAUCUUGAAGACCAGAAAACCCCCAUUUCGACACAUAUUCGUCGACGAGGCGGAAGACUUACGGCGCGAAUACGGUGACCACUGGCGCACCUCGCUCCGAUCACUGCAGGACGGAACUGGAGGAUACUUCUGGCAGGCAUAUGACCCCCUUUGCCUUCCUUUUAUUCCGGAUUUUUUAAAAAUGGAGUUGGAAGAGGCUCAUUCGUUACUCACAGUCUAUCGGAACCCUGUGUCCGUUUUUAAUGUCUGGAAUUCGGACAAUCUCUCUUCCGAGAUAGACUACGAAUUAAACUCACCCGAAUUAGAUCCAAACUACAAGAGGGAAAAUAUACAAUCGGGGCACGAUCUCAGGGGCCCCGAGGUGGAGAAGUUUGACGUUCCUAGCUCACUUCUAUCCGUGAAGAUCGUGGAAAUCAUGAGAGAGAAGUUCGGGUUGGAGACCCAGAGCGGGGACAUCGCAGUAAUCUUCGCCGAGAAAGGGGAUUUCCUCGUCCACGGAGAACGGCUGAGGAAUGAAUUAACAGAGAAACUCAGAGCUUCUACUGACUGUGCAAGCGUCAUCGUUGAGAAUGCUACAGCCUUCAAGGGCAUGGAGGCCCCAAUUGUGUUCUUGAUCACCAGCGAGAAACCGAAGAGAAGGGGAAAUAUUUACUUGGGAGCAUCGAGAAGCACUUCUUGUCUCAUUCGGCUCGACAUGGAACCUAGUGAUGAAGAUGACGAAGCCGCAGAGAGGGAACUCAUGGAAAUUUCACGAAGAGGCUUGCCAAAUGAUGUAUCUGAGGAAUACAAGGAGGACUGCGAAAAAGAAUUUCGCCGCCACAAAUUCAUCCAAAUUAGCCAGAAAGCUAGAACGUAG